AUGGAAAGGGCAGUAGAAGAGCCCCCCUCAUCAGCUGUCUUGCUGGAUCAUUGUCACUUUUCUCAGGUCAUCUUUAACAGCGUGGAGAAGUUCUAUGUCCCUGGAGGGGAUAUCACGUGCUUUUAUACCUUCACUCAACAUUUCAUUCCCCGUCGAAAGGACUGGAUAGGCAUCUUUAGAGUAGGAUGGAAGACUACCCGUGAAUAUUACACUUUCAUGUGGGUUGCUUUGCCCAAUGACCUAAAAAAGGACUUAGCCAAACAGCAGGAAGUCCAGUUCAAAGCUUAUUAUCUGCCCAAGGAUGAUGAGUAUUACCAGUUCUGCUACGUGGAUCAAGAUGGUGUGGUUCGGGGAGCAAGUAUCCCUUUCCAGUUCCGUCCAGAAAGUGAAGAGGACAUACUUGUUGUUACCACUAAGGGAAAGGUGGAAGAGAUUGAGCAGCACAACGUGGAGCUUUGCAAAGAAAACCAGGAGCUGAAGGACAGCUGUGCUACUCUCCAGAAGGAGAACUCAGACAUGCAGGCUGAACUCAAAAGGAAGCAGGAGGAGCUAGAAACUCUACAAAGCACAAAUAAUAAGUUAGAAGAGAAAGUGAAAGAGCAGAAGGCUUCUUGGGAGACUGAACUGCUUCAACUGAAAGAAAACAACCAGAAGGUAUCCUCAGAAAACGAGAAGAUGGGAAUCAGAGUGGAUCAGCUUCAGGCCCAGCUGUUAAUACAAGAGAAAGAAAUGGAGAAGCUUGUUCAGGGAGACCAAAAUAAGACAGAGCAGUUGCAGCAUCUGAAAAGUGAAAAUGACCAACUCUUUAUCAGUUUAACUGAACAGAAAGAGCACCAGAAGAAACUCCAGCAGACAGUGGAGGAGUUGAAGCAGAAAGAGACAACUGCAGUGAAGAAACAACAGAAGUUAACGGAUGAAAACUUUGAACUGUCAAGAGAACUAAAUGAAAGCAAGAUUUUAUUUGAUAUUUUGCAAAGAGAGAAAGAAAGAGUGGAAAAAGAAAAUAAUCUCUUGAAGGAGGAGAACAGGAGAUUGUUGAGUUACAUGGGUCUGGAUUUUGACUCUUUGUCCAUUCAAAUGCCUACUUCAGCUCAAGGAAGCACUGAACGAAAUCCAACUCUUGUCUAUGGAAACCCAUAUUCUGGUGUCCAAGAAAGUUCUGCAUCCAGUGUGCUCUCCAAGAAAUGCCUCACCUGCAAAUCAGACUUUGCUGAUGAAAUCUGUGAUCAGAGCUUGGAACAGAAGCAAACUCAAUCCCAUUCUUUGAAUUGUCCAAUUUGCUCUAAGGUCUUCUCAGCAAAAGAGAGGCAAAUCUUUGAAGACCAUGUGUACUGCCACUCUCUCUAGGUAUCCCCCUCCAGCCUGCUGGAUGUAUGCUAUACAUAGAUUUUAUAGCGUAGAAUGUAUAGCUUCUUCUAUGAGCUAUAUUAGUCAAGAUCCUGCCUAACCUGAAAUCAUUGGGGGUUUCCGGUAAAAGUAGACUUGUGCAUUAUCUGCAGAAUGGUAUUAAGUUCUUGUGGGUGACUCCCUAAGUCACAUAACUCUAGCUCAUCAGGUUCUUACCUAUAGUGCCCAUUCUUCCCUUUGGACUUCAGCACAAGAGCCCCAGGAUAGAACUGAUUGACCUACUAUUCACAACAGGCCUGAGUUUACUCUAAGGGAUUUGUCUUCCAAGUUGCCCCACUGCCAUGCAAGUCAGGCCUUGAGUGUAUUUGUACUCAGAUCUCAGUCCUAAUCCUGGGGAUAGAUUCAGAGCAGAGGUUGAGGAUUUCUUCUCAGGCCUCUUUCUCCAGUUGACUGCAUUAAAUUAGCCAAAAUCAGCAGAGAAUUCAGAUGUCCAAUUUCAAUACCAAAGAUUUCCGAUCUUUAUCUCUCAAACCCUCAAAAGAAGCAUAUUCCUGAUCCAAGGCCAGGAAAAUGCUUCAAGCACAGAAAGCCUUAAGUCCCAGCAUUUUAGAAGCUGAAGCAGGAGGAUAAAGAAUUCCAGAC